GACGGCGAGGAGGCCUGGGAGGAGGAAGAGGAGGUGGAGGAAGGCGCCGCCGAGGGCCUGCGGACCCGCUGCCUCUUCUGCGACAGGUUGUUCAGUUCUGCUGAAGAUGUGUUCUCCCACUGCAAAGCAGAGCAUCAGUUUGAUGUGUGUGAUGUGAUCAAGAAACACGGACUUGAUUUUUAUGGAUACAUUAAACUGAUAAACUUUGUUAGAUUAAAGAAACCAACAGCAGCAUGCUUGAGUUCACUCAGCAGCCCACUGCCUUGGGAAGGAGAGGAAUAUUUGAAACCAGAGCUAGAAGAUGAUCUCCUCCUGCAGUUUGAUAUAGAAGAUCUUUGUGAACCUGCAAAUGUUUUAUCUUCUAAUGGUUUAAAUGAUACCAUGAUACUCCUUGAACAAUUAAAACAUGCAGAACACAGAGCAAGACUUGCAGAAGCAGCCUUGGCUAGAGCACAAGAUGAUCUUCAGAAAAUGAAACAAUUUGCACAGGAUUUUGUGAUGAACGCAGAUGUCAGGAGCAGCUCGUCAUCCAGCGCCAUCGCAGACCUUCACGAGGAUGAGGAUGGUGUUUACUUCAGCUCCUAUGGGCAUUAUGGGAUACAUGAAGAGAUGCUAAAGGAUAAAGUGCGUACGGAAAGCUAUCGUGACUUCAUCUAUCAAAACCCACAUAUCUUCAAGGACAAGGUGGUUUUGGAUGUUGGCUGUGGAACUGGAAUACUCUCCAUGUUUGCUGCCAAAGCAGGUGCGAAGAAAGUGAUUGGAGUUGACCAAUCUGAAAUUGUCUAUCAGGCCAUGGACAUCAUUAGAUUAAACAAACUUGAAAAUACCAUUACAUUGGUCAAAGGAAGAAUUGAAGAAGCUGAUCUGCCUUUGGAAAAAGUGGAUGUAAUUAUAUCUGAAUGGAUGGGUUAUUUCCUUCUUUUUGAGUCAAUGCUGGAUUCUGUCAUCUAUGCAAAGGACAAGUACCUGGCAGAGGGAGGCUCAGUUUAUCCUGACAUUUGCACCAUUAGUCUAGUAGCUGUUGGGGAUAUGAAUAAACAUGUGGACAAGCUGCUUUUCUGGGAAGAUGUAUAUGGCUUUGACAUGUCUUGCAUGAAGAAGGCUGUAAUUCCAGAAGCUGUUGUGGAGGUGCUGGAUCCAAACACGCUGAUAUCUACAGCCGCUGUCAUUAAGCGUAUUGACUGUAAUACUGCAUCCACUCCAGACUUAGAAUUCUCUUCAGAUUUCACCCUGACCAUUACAAUGAGCACAAAGUGUACGGCAGUUGCUGGUUAUUUUGAUAUAUUUUUUGAGAAGAACUGUCACAACAAGGUCUUGUUUUCAACUGGUCCCCAGUGUACCAAAACACACUGGAAACAGACAGUUUUUCUCCUGGAGAAACCAAUUCCUGUAGAAGCAGGAGAGGCCCUGAGAGGGAAGAUAACAGUCUGCAAAAACAGAAAGGAUCCACGGUCCCUCUUUAUAACCCUUUCAGUGAAGGACAUGCAGCAGACCUACAGCCUUCAGUGAAAAUUCUGUGCAUAUAACUUUGAGAAAUGUUCAAUUUAAAUGUUAGAUUUAACUGUGGAUAACUGUUUCUAAAUAUCCAAAAAUGGUACUCUCUUCGAUUUUUGUAUGUGUAUGAGCACACAAGAAUAUGAAAGGUUUACCUAGAACUGAGAAUGCAUUAUUUGAAUGCUCUUGUACUGGGAUAUGGAGACUGAUGACAAAAUCAGAUCCUGCUGUGCUUCACGUGAUGUGGGAAAGUCAGGAAAGAUGUUUUUUGGGUUACAUGAGACUGCUAGGUAAGAAAAGUCAGAUUAAAGUCUUGCUGUGAGGAACAGUAAAUAUGAUCUCUCAAUAUUGUUUUACUUUCCAACUGGAAAGAUCCUUGUGCAAUUCUUUUUUAGGAAAGAAGCAGCUAAAUCACGUUCCAGUGCACCUCAACAGUAGCUGGAAAAUCCCGAUGAAAACAAGUUUGGAAUUCCGACUGCAGGAUUGCAGCAACAAAGACUUUAUUUUUAUUACACUUCUGGAAUUAAAAAGUUGUAACUUUUGAGUUAGAUUUAUCUAAAUAAAUGAACCGAGUAUGUUAUAUAAUGUGGUUGCCAGUUUCCCUGUUUUCUAUGUAAUUGGAAAUUCUUCUAUCUAUCCAGUAAUGGUUCAUUUAUUUGUAGCUGCAGUUUUUGUCUGUACUAGGCUAUUGGAGCGUAGGUGGAUGGAAGUGUAUAUUUUAGCAGCUUUAGGAAAAAUACUGUGAACAAAUAGCAGCAGUUGCUGAAAUGGUGGAUUUAGUUCGGGUGCUUACAGAAAAUGAAAAAUCAGGGAUUGACCCUUGUGUCGUCGUGUUUAAACACUUUAAACUGCAGAAGGCUUGGAACUGAGCAUAACACCAUGCAGUUUACAUGUUUGUGUUGUACACGUAUAUUUGUGUUAAAAGCAAUUUCAAAAAUCAUUGCAAGAAGCAAAGAUUACAGUGUUUUGCUGGUGAUCUCUGAGCUGCUGUUAAAUGAUGUUCGAGCCUUUUUCAGGACUAAGACAAGAAGGAAAUUCUUUCCCUUGGAAUCUGCUCCACAAAGUUUGGGUAAUGGUAUAUUGUGUAACGGGGUGAAACACUCUUUUGCCUGUAACUCAAGGGGAGUGUUACCAGUGGCAGUACCACUAUGGCAGAAAAGUGGGAACUUGUAUUCCAGAAGCUGAAAUUCUCCUGCGACACAGCACUUGAUUUCAUACAGUGAAGUGGGCAUUAAUACCGAGUGACAAUUGCUGCAGUGCUACUCUUGUUUUCAGCUGGAAACAGACUUGUGCAUCGGUAUUUCAUCUUAUACUGCUUUUAUUCUCUCCUGGAAAUGUGGCUUACUAAUUUGUAUCCAAAUAGUUUCCUUGGCUUGCAGGGGUGGAGUGGAGAUUCUUUCCUGUAUGAAAACUGUUGAACUACCUUUAGAGCCUUAAAUGUCCUGAUUAACUUCUAGAUGUUCAAGAGCUCAGUUCACAUAUGCAACUUAAUAGUUGCUCAGGUGCUGAGCUCCUAGUCUGGUCAAUUCAUUUUAAUGGUCUAAAGGAGAGCGUGACCACCCUUGUUGACACCUUGGUGGUUAUGUUCACCUAAUAAUAAGUGUCAAUUCACUGCUUGCACUGAUUUUUAGAUCCCUUCAUUUUAUGCAAGUGAGACUGCCCAGUUUACAAAUUCUACCUAUUUUCAGAGUUUUGUUUUCCAGAUAGGCUUUACUAUAAAAAAUGAAUUGCAAAUGAGACAGUUGCACACACACACACAAAAAAAUCAAAGAUGAAAGGUUUAUUUCACAGUAGUAUCUGACAAGUAUGAACACUCUACAGUGAUACAGAUGAUGUGCAAGUCUCGGUGAUGUGCUAACAUUUUUCUAGCUUGGUGACAUACUCCUUUUGAAAAUACACUGAUAAUCUUCAAUUGUUAAACUGCUUGAGCCUGGUUAUCUGAAACUCAAGACUGUUCAACUUUGUGUGAAAAUUGCAGUUGAAAUGCCAGCAGUUGGCACUGGACUGAUUAAUGGAAUUUGUGACAGAGCUAUCGGUAUUAGACAGUAAAUAUGCAGGCUGGGGGAUGGACUGAUAAUUCUGUCCUUUGCCGAAAGGCACUGUAGAAAUACAGGAUAUUGAUAGAUGAAGCAGAAUUCUCAUACAGUGUUCUCAGUACUAUGGCAACCAGAAGUUGGAAGAAUCUUCAUUUGGUUUUGAUCAUCUGAUAUGUACUGACUAUGGGAGCUUCAUGUGGUUUUAGUGUGACUAAUAAUUUGAGAUAUUGGCGUUGGACUAGAUGAUCUUGCUGAGGUUCCUUCCAGCUUAAAUUUUUAAAUACUUCUGCAGAUUUUGUGUUUGUAUAAACGUUGACAUAGAAAGCAAGAAAAAGAAUGCAAAGGGAGAGCAGUGCAAAGGCUUAUACAGAGUUUUUGUAUCCUUCAUAAACAGGAGACUAUAAAUAGUUGAAAAUGUGUAAAAGAAAAAGGUAAAUGCUAGCUAUUAAAAAAACCAACCAAACAAACUGCAGCAAGAAGAGAGGAUUUGGUGUCAUUUAACCAGAAGGAAAAUGUCCUCAGAAGACCUUAAUUAAAGCCUGAGGAGGGUCAUUUGAUAAAGGUACUGGAGUUUCAAAGAACUUUAAAUACCUUUGAGUGGGAAUUAUCUAAUAGCCAGUGUCACACAGUGUCCUGGGGAAGUAGCCCAUCAAUUAUAAGUGGCUGUUCUUAACCUAGCAGUUGGAUAAUACAGGAUUCAUCUGGCAGCACCAUCAGUUAUUUAUGUUUCCUAAUUCUAAGAAAUAUUGUAGGAAACGUGAUCAACAAAUACUCUUUUAAAGGGACUAAUGAUUUGCGUUAGAGACAGAAAAGAGGAAAGAAGCUGCUUUGAGUAGAAAUAUCCCUGAAUUUGUGCAGUGAUAGUAAUACUUAAUGCAAAACGUGAUCCUUUAUUCUGAGGCAUGUCAUCAAUGUGCCCAAAGGUGCAAAUAAUCUGUAACAGAAAUUUAUUUUUUUUUUUAAAAUAGAAUAGAUUAGUGUGGCAAUGGCUGGAAAUGCAGAGGUGUGCAUUCUGCCUGGUUCUGAGAACAUUUCUUUCUUCAGGUGCUGGUAACAAGUUGUCUUCCAGCUACCUCUGCUGCCUGCAGCUUGCAGGUCGUGUCACCACGUACUUGUGCAGACACUUGGUGUCUGACCUGUUUAAUGAAACAGCUACAACCCAUGGCUGUGGAAAAGCCCACAGUGUCACCCUCAGCUUGGGUGUUUUCUUCCUAGGGAGGGUGAUUGAGAACCAUGCAGGUGUACAGGGUGUUUGUCGUCCCUGUGUGUCAGCGCUGGUCGGAGGUGCUGGUAGGCACAGGCAGAACUGUACUGCAUCCCACGCUGUACUGCAAACCUGUCUGCCACUUCUGUUACUCUUUGUGCUGGAGUUACCGUACCCUAACCCACUGCUGUACCACCGAGGACUUUCUCCCUAUGCAUCCUCUUUUAAUUCCUAUGAUACAAUGAUACAGCCCAGUUGUAGAAGCAGCCAUUUGUCAGUCAUUUUUGUUACUGAUUUUUAAAACUGUUUUUUAACAACCGGGACAGUCGUAGUUUCAGACCUAGAUUUAUUACUUUGGCAUGUGCUCCUGUAUUCAGAAAAAAGAAAUUAAAUUGUAGAGAGCCUGAAUUUCACUUAUCAUCUGAUAGGACUUGUCUGUUAGACCAGCUCAUAUAAAUUGAGCUGCUCUACCUCACAGUAUUUAUCUUCAUAGUAGCAACAAAUUACAUGACAAAAUCUUUUUUUUUGUUCUUCUUCUCCCUAAGAAAUGUCAAAUUGGUGCAUGUCCUAUGGUUAAAUCUCACUAGCUUUGAAAUUAAAAUUUAGUAUUUAUUUACCUGCUUCUCUUUCUUUGAGGUCUGUUUUCUCCUGUCUCCUCUUUCUCCUUCCUGCAUACUGGUAUGUACAGAUGGAGUUUUUCAUGCAGACAGCAAACCCUGCUGGUGUUUGGCUGCUGUCCUCUUCACACCACCCAUUCUGCCCCUUGUGUUUCUUGUCUGUGUGAUGUGCAAGUUUGCUCUGGGCUCCGUUUUGGAGCAUGUCUCUCUUGUCCCUGGCCUUUGGGGGUUUUGCUGGGUUUUGUUUUGUUGGAAUUUCUUCUAAUGUCCCCUGACAGCAUUCCCUUAUUUCUCAUGACCAGAGCUUCCUGUUAUCUGAAGGCUCUUGCUCAAGUCUGUCCCCAGUCCUACACUGCAGUUCUCCCUGCUCCUUCUUUCAUUCUAAGUGUUGAAUGUGCAGAUUAUUCUUGAGAGAUGCAACAGACUGUGUACAAGUUUAAGCUUUGCUUCACCAAUCGGCGCUGCCCAGAAUGCGCUUGAUUUGCAAGCGUGGCAGAAACGGGAUGCAGAUGCAAUAAGACAAGUACAGACAAAGGGUUGUUACUUAAAACGUAUGAAUUACCAGUUGUUGCUCAUGAAGAACUGCCAAAGCGUGCUAAAAAAUCUGGUUUAGCCUAUGAUGUGUAUCUAGGAGGCUAUCAAGAAGAUUAAUAUAAAUGUAGGUAAUUCCAGGUCAGUGGUCAGAUGCAUGAAGUAACAUGAACUGAAAUUGUGAUACCUUGCUUAAGGUGUGUAAUUUCACUUGCAUAAAGAAAAAAAAAGUCUUUCCUUUGGCAUCAGCAAUGUUUAGGAACCUUAAUUCACUUUAUAAAUUCCUUUUGUGAAACUUGCACCCAGUAAAGGCCAAACGAAUACAUGGUGGUAACAGCAUGUCUAUUUUCCAAGAGGGUAGAAAUUUGCCUCCCCCAAAUUGCAGGUGGCAACUAUAUAUUUAAUGAGAAAGAUUCUUCAUUUGCGAAACCAAAGAACCUGCGUAGUAGAUAGUAGCAGUGUCAUGGAAGCAUGUAUAUAUGUGUGUGUCUCCAAUAUUUAUAUAUACAACCAUAUAUUCUCAUACCCAUACUGAAAUUUUUCAGUUUGCACCAUACAUUUCCAAAAUACCAUACACUAGUGAUACUGUUUAUAAAUGCAUAUUGUAUUCACUGAAUGUUUUGUAGUUACAUUUUUUUCUAGAAAAUUACACUUGUAGAUUAGUUAUUAUCUAUGUGAUCCUACUGAAUUAUCUUUAAUAUCCCAUAAUUAUUGCUGCACUUACUCUAUUGGAUGGAUAAUUGUUUAGAAAAAAAUGCUGGUUUGGCUAUCAUUGUUUGUGUUUUUUUUUUUUUCUUGGGAAAGUAUGUUUUUGUUGUGCUUAAUAAUGAAGUCCGGCAGUUCUGAAGAACAUUGAAUGCAUGUAAGUUUUUUAUGUUUUAUCCAAUAGUUAAUAUUUUUUGCAAGGAACGUUCUCAACUAUCAAUUGUCAAUCUUUAGUCCUGCUUAAGUAAUUUGUUAUAUUUAUCCCAAGGUCAGAGGUGUUGACUUAGUGAUUCAUAAAAUUUCUUUUACUAUUCAGAUAAAACUGAAGGUUGGCCUACCUCCUCCUGCUUGCAGAUCUGUGCCCAAAUUCUAUGUACUUGAAGAUAAAUAAACCCACUUGAAAAGA